AUGGUAUCUGACAUGGGAGUGCAUAAGAAGCAACGGUGUGGAACUGAAUGCUUUCAUGCAGAAAAAAGGGUACCUGUUGGUAUUCAUGAACGCUUGCUGAGUGAUUAUGGAGACCAAACAGUGGAUGUGAGUACUGAGAGGCGUUUUGAUGAAGAAAAGGACUCACAAACUUCGACUGAUGAAGAGGAAACUAAAUAUUUAUUUCAUACUUCUGAGGAAAGCACUGGCAAAGCCAGCAUCUUCUCCACCCUCAGCUUUCCACAGAAUCAUAGAAUGGUUUGGGUUGGAAGGGACCAACUCUUGGCUGUAACUGAUCAAUUUGAAAGCAUUUGGAGGAGUCACAAUGGAAAGUGCGUAGUACUCGAUGAAGAAAUGUUUCAGGUGGAAGUACUGAGAAAGAGAGGGCCUUUGACAGUUCGCGAGACAGAAAGUAUGAAAAGCUUAGUUCAACAACUUAAUCUGUAUGGAUUCACCAAAAUGCCACAUAACUUCAGAAGACCUCCCUCACUUCCCAAAAUUCUGUCAGAGGAAGAGGCAUUUACUGCCCAUAGGAAGCUUCUUCUUCACACAUUUUUCAGGAGAGAUCAUCCCAAACUAUUUAAACUUUGCAAGAAGAGAGUUGCCCGGAAGAGAAGAGAUGUGGCUGUUCCUUUCCUGCACGAAGACCCAAAUGAGAGCCACUUGAGGCGCAGCCCCAGUGCCCAGUCCAUGUACGGAGCAGCUGCCAGUGGAUCCAGAAGCUGGCACACAGACAGUGGCACCCACUGGACCCCUGCCACUCAGGCACCCCAAGAAAGUCACUACUUGAGCCAAGGGCAGCACUUCUCCAACCCUUCCAGACCCUGCUGCAGCAAUAGGAAGGGAACAGUGCCAUUCUCUGGCCUUGUCCCUGCAACCAAGUAG